GCCCCUCUUGAAUUAAACACAAAGGAAAAUUCAAUUAGCCUACCAGACCUUCCAAUUUGAUUCGACCAACUCUUUUCCAAAAAAUCCACGAUCCAUUGCCAAUUUUGCGGUUGCUUCUUAUGUUCUUGCUUACCAGAAAAACCAAAUAAGAAGAUCCUGUUCCUGUUUCCUACUCAUUCCUUUCAUGAAAAGCUACGUAAUUGGCAGACGUUCAUUCGGAUUGCAAACAUUUCUCAAAAGCACUUUUCCAACACUUGGUUGAAAAACGCUUUUUUGCUAUUCGCGACCGCUCUCUGCACAGCGAAAUAGGUCUGUUACAAUCCAAAGCUGCACAGAGUUUAUCUGCAUACCUCCGUUUCCAAUCUGUUGGGUCGUCAAUGGCGGAUCGGAUGCGUAGUUUCUUUAAGGGCGAGGUCCUCACUUAUGCCUACCUUCUUCUCUACAUCGCGCUCUCCAGCGGCCAGAUCUUCUUCAACAAGUGGGUUUUGUCGUCUAAGGAAAUAAACUUCCCUUAUCCUCUUGGUUUAACUCUGCUUCACAUGGUCUUCUCCUCUGUCUUAUGCUUUUUACUCACGAAAGUUUUUAAGAUUUUGAAGGUUGAGGAAGGAAUGACUGUAGAAAUAUACGUGACAUCAGUAAUGCCAAUUGGUGCAAUGUUUGCAAUGACUCUUUGGCUGGGAAAUACUGCCUACUUGUAUAUUUCUGUUUCAUUUGCACAAAUGUUGAAAGCAAUCAUGCCAGUAGCUGUUUUCAUUCUUGGAGUAGCAGCAGGACUUGAGGUAAUGAGCGGCAGAAUGCUAUUGAUCAUGUCAGUGAUAAGUUUUGGUGUUCUUGUGGCUUCUUACGGUGAAAUAAAUAUCAGCUGGAUUGGAGUAGUUUAUCAGAUGGGAGGAGUGGUUGGAGAAGCUUUAAGACUUAUUUUUAUGGAGAUUUUUGUUAAAAGGAAGGGUCUCAAAUUAAAUCCAAUAUCUCUCAUGUACUAUGUUAGCCCGUGCAGUGCUCUUUGCCUCUUCGUUCCAUGGAUCUUUUUGGAGAAAUCAAAGAUGGAAGAAAAUAGCUCAUGGAACUUUCCACUGCUUGUGCUAACACUUAACUCUCUGUGUACUUUUGCCCUCAACUUAUCAGUUUUCCUAGUGAUCACUCAUACAAGUGCCUUGACCAUUCGUGUUGCGGGAGUUGUCAAGGAUUGGGUGGUUGUCUUAUUGUCUGCCAUUAUUUUUGCUGAUACAAAGCUCACUCCUAUAAAUCUGGCCGGUUAUGCCAUUGCCAUAGCAGGUGUAGCGGCAUAUAAUAAUCAUAAGUUAAAAAAGGAAGUCUCUAAAGGCAACUCUGACGAACCUGAAAGUUCUCAACCUAUACUAACGGCUGCAUCAUCAAAUUCUGACAAGUAAAGAUGUCACAGGAGCAUUCAGCCUAGUUAUUUUUGAGUAUUGGCCCUUGAGAUUACGGUUUGUUGAAGCCUUGGUGGUUAAGCUCUUCCGUCUUUAUAUCAUUGUUGCAGCUGCUCCUGUGGCGGGUAAAUAUUGUGACGGUUCGAAGCAGAACUGCAAUUCAAAGUCUAAAGAUGAGAAAUUCACACAAUUGUAUCAGCAUCACAGAGGUAGACAUUUACUGGUGGCAUUUUAAAAGUUGAUGUGCUUCUGCUAAUCAUAGAUGACUUAUCUGUAAAGCAAGUGCCAGAGUCACUGUCAUAGGAACACACUCGGUUUAUAACUUUCUUGAUGACCUUUAUAGCUCACAUUUGUAUCGCUGCAUGGGCACAUACGAUGCUGACUCUGUCCAAGAUUAAUAGUUUGAACCUCUACCGUUUUACAUGAUUAAUUACAUUCUCAGAACUUUGUAUUCA